AUGAAUUCUACUGCCCCCUCUACUAUUCACGAUGCCAAAGCGGAGUGGGCCAGACUCUUGGUGCGCCAGAAGAUCGCCGACGAGUUGAACGUGCUCAAGGCGAGGUCGGACAAUCCAAUUCCUCCCGAAGUUCUCCAGCCGCCAGACGCCAACAGGCCAUACGCCCAUGACAAUCUCCCACUCGACCAGCAGCAUGAAGCCUACAGCAGCAGGCCGUCCCAAGGCCACGACGGUUCGGGAAACCUGGACAAAAUCGGCGCUCAUCCACCGGGCAAGGUAUGCAUCGUCGGCGCCGGAGUCGCAGGCCUCUUCAUCGCCAUGAUGCUGGACACCCUUGGGAUUCCGUACGACAUUUUGGAAGCCAACGAGAGAAUCGGCGGCCGCGUCUACACCCAUCGUUUCGGCCCGGGUCCGCACGACUACUACGACGUCGGCGCCAUGCGCUUUCCCGACAUCCCCAUCAUGCAGCUAGCCUUCGAACUGUUUGAUUAUCUCAAGCUGCCCAAAAUCCCAUACUACCUGGAAGGAGAGAACUGCCCCAAGCUCUUCAACAAUCGCUUCUUCGUCAAGGGCGAGUUCGACCCUCACCAUGUCAGCGAGAAGAAAGGCGGGCAGGUCCCCGACCAUGUCGUUGACUGCGUAAACCACCAUUUGAAUGAGGCAUUCUCUCCGUACAAGCAGGCGAUGAAGAAAUGCUUCCGAGAAGGGUUCGACGAACUCAUGAAGGUGGACGAUUACAGUACCAGAGAGUUUCUCAAGAGAGGCGGACCCGGUGGCAAGCUACCGCAAUACAACUUCUUCGCCAUCCAGUGGAUGGAAACGCAGGAUACGUCCACGAACUUGUACGACCAGGCCUUCUCUGAGAGCGUCAUGGACUCACUCGACUUCGACUAUCCUGUGGAUGACAAGAAGCGCAAGGAAAGCAAUUGCGACGAGCAGGAAAUCGAAGAGGAAAACAAGGUGAAGUGGUACUGCAUCGAAGGAGGCACUUCCCUCCUCACCGAUUCUAUGCAUCAUUCUCUCACGACCAAGGCCGAGACCAACAAACGGGUUGACACCAUUUCGUGGGACAAGGACUGUCAUCAGGAAGACAACAUGUGGGUCAAGUGCGCCGAAGAGGAAAAGCCGCGAAGGGGGUAUCACACCGUGUUCAACACGACCCCUCUAGGCUGCUUGGGCCGCAUGGAUUUACGUGGACUCAAACUGCAUCCGUCACAAAAAGAUGCCAUCCGGAGUCUCCACUACGACGACUCGGCCAAGGUGGCACUCCAAUUCGAUCAUCCGUGGUGGAUCACAGAGUGCGGCAUCAAAAAAGGCGGCGUCGCCUCGACAGAUCUGCCACUGCGUACUUGCGUCUACCCCUCAUACAACCUCCAUGACCGAGGCCCUGCCGUCCUGCUGGCUUCGUACACUUGGGCGCAAGAUGCGACGCGGAUCGGCUCCGUUGUCGGCCCACCCAACGAGGACGAACUGGUGGAGAUGCUCUUGGGGAACUUGGCUCUGCUCCAUUCAAAGUUUACCAGAUGCGGAGAGGACGAAAACAAGUACGAGCACAUGUACAAGCUGAUCAAGGAGGCCUACAAAGGCGUCCACCACGCUUAUUCCUGGUCGCACGACUCGACGGCAGCUGGUGCCUUUGCCCUCUUCGGGCCAGGUCAGUUCAGACAUCUGUAUCCAUACCUCACGAGACCGGCUGCCGACGGCAAGUUCCACAUGGUCGGCGAGGCAUCUAGUGCUCACCACGCCUGGAUCGUCGGCGCGCUUGAUAGUGCCCUCGCUGCUACCCAACUAUACCUGCAUCGCUUCGGGAAGUACGAACAUAUCGCUGUGCUCAGGGAAAAAUGGGGCAACGUUGCUGAGUUGGACAUGGGCGAGAAGGGAAGCGCACACCUGCAGAUCUUACUGGGGUCGCUGCCCAAGAAGUUUCAGGUCAAGAUCUAG